UAAUUAGCUUGAUUCACUAGAUAGAGAUGGCGUCUCAAGCAAUUAUUGACGAGGCUAAAUCCUUCCUCAAGAAAGAAAGCCCGGACACUAAACGUAAUGUCUACGAUCACUUCUGCUCCAUUCUCCAUAGUGUGCUUGAAGGGAGGACUCAAAAUGCUGUGGACAUUUUCGAAGAUUUGUCUGCUGACAAAAAGGACGAAGCUGAGGGAACCACGCGGGAGAUCGAUGAGCGGGAAGUGUUCGUGGCAAAACUUCAAUCCAGUCUGUUUGAGAAGACGAAUAUCGAGGACGCUGACCCUGAGCCUGAAGAUGAAGUGGAUAUGCCACUUCCAGAUCUGAUGGACAUAUCUUAUUAUUUCGAGCAGGCUGGCGUGGGUCUGGGACGGGAGGAAACUUUCAAGAUUUUCCUAGCUCUGAAGAAUCUUGUGGAUACCCAUACAUUACGGGAUGUGAGGUUCUGGGGAAAGAUAUUUGGAACUGUAAAGAACUAUAUAGUAGCUGAGGUGGAGUAUAGAGAGGGAGAAGAAGAUGAGGAUGUGGAGGAGGAGGAGGUGGAAGAGAAGGUUCAAGAAGAAGAGGAGGAGGAGGAGAAGAGCGAAGAGGAGGAUCUUCCUAAAGCCGAUUACAAACCUCCUCCUAAAAUACCAAGAGAAGAGAACGGAACGGGUUGUAACAAGAAAACUUACUUCGUGUGCAAUGAACCGGGUACAGAGUGGAAAAAACUGCCACCAGUGGAACCAGCAGAGAUUGUGUGCGCAAGACAGAUCAAGAAGUUCUUCACGGGGGAUCUCAACGCACCUGUCAUCAGUUAUCCUCCUUUCCCAGGCCUGGAGAUAAACUAUCUUCGUGCCCAGAUUGCAAGGAUCAGCGCUGGUACUCAUAUAAAGCCUUAUGACUAUUACAAAUUUGAUGAAGAUGACGAUGAAGACAGUGACGGAGAGGGUCGUGACUCAUUCAUAUUGAAUGUUGAGUUUGAACCGUUACCAGUGUAUGAACUGGUAGAUCCUUCCCUCAAUAACUGGGUACAUCACAUGCAUCACAUUCUGCCUCAGGGCAGGUACAAGUGGAUCAAUCCCAUCACUAAGGCUGAUAACGAGGAAUUCGAUGAGGAAGAAGAAGAAGAAGAAAAUGAAGAUCCAGAUGAGCCUCAAAAAGAAGAAGGUCCGCCCUUACUAAACACGAUAAACCAUGAUAGUCUUGUGGACGGCUUUCCUGCCUGGUCCGCUGCCCGAUCUUCAGACCUCAUACGAGCAUACUCUGUAGCUGUUCUUAAAUCCAAUACUUGGCCUGGCGCUUGUACCUUUGGAUUUGAUAAGAAGUUUGAGAAUAUUUAUAUUGGGUUCGGACAUAAGUACAGUUCGGAGAAUUACAGUCCACCCCCACCACCACCAGUAUUUGAGGAAUACACGACUGACUUAGAGGUAACUGAAGUCCCAGAUCCAACUGUAGCAGACGAACAAGCACUUCUUGCGAUGCAGCAAGAGCAACUCGAACGUGAAGCUGAAGAAGCAGAAAUGGAAGAUGAUGAAGAGGAUGACGAUUAAAUCCAAACCCCUAUCCACAAUUUCCCGUUUAUAAUACGCUUUGUGGAUAAGCAGUUGAGCGCGCCACUUUCAAACGGUUCACUGAAAAAUAUACGUUUUUUGUUACGCGCGAAGCUUAAACUGUGAUAAAAGUGCGGCUUUUCUGCAAUCGCGCGCUGCGAAAUUAGCAGAUUUCCAUAGCAACCGUAACUAUAUGCGUCUCCUGCAAAACACUGAUAAAAUGAGCGUUUGUAUUCGUUCGCUGAUUCCGAUAGCUUAUUGCAUGUAGCAUGUUCAUUGUUCAGUAUACAUCACACAUCACUGUGAUCUUCUAUUAAACCCUUAACUUUCUGGUUUGGCAUUUUUGGGUGGUAUCUUAACAUUUCCCCUUAUCGACUGCAGCUGACGCACAAUUAUUGCCAAUAUUUCGUAAAUUAUAUAAGUGGCAUUGCCGUAAUUCUAGUAAUUCUAGGUUCGAUAAAUUUUGGGAUGUGUUAUUCAGUUUUUGACAAACAAAUGCAGUGAAUAUGUAGAUAAUGUAUUAUAUUUUCGUUAGGAGAAACUUUUCUAGAUUAACAACUUCUGGGGACAGAGUUUUAUAUAUUUCUAAAAUUUGACAAAGGCGUUUUCUGACAAUAUUUUUGUUGAGGGCUAUUCAUAUUACACAGGGUAUUUGACUUUGUCAUCAGACUCAUUGUUAUUUUGUGUACAUAACAUCAUUUUAUUUAUUGUUUUUCUAAACAUUCCCCAUUGUAAA